AAUCAAAAGCUGUCAAAGAAACAAGACUCUCUCACACAUAUACACUUUACUUACAUAGCAAACUAUGGACCGACGUCGUUCUAUUCAUCAUCACAUCAUUUCAUAUCUUUUUCCCUCUUCUUCGUCCAUACUAUGUUUGUGUAUUUCAUUCCUUGUGUUGUUGUUUACUACAAACACUAAUGCUUUAGUGAAACUUCCGGAAAACACGACCGUUCCGGCUAUAAUAGUGUUCGGAGAUUCAAUUGUUGAUGCAGGGAACAACGACGAUUUGAUAACGGAGGCUAGAUGUGAUUAUCCUCCUUAUGGUAUUGAUUUCGACGGUGGAGUUCCGACUGGAAGAUUCUCCAAUGGAAAAGUCCCAACUGAUAUUCUAGCGGAAGAAUUAGGGAUUAAGCCAACUAUACCAGCAUACCGAGAUCCUAAUCUAAGACAAGAAGAUCUCUUAACCGGUGUAACAUUUGCUUCGGGUGGUGCUGGUUAUGUUCCUUUGACAACACAAAUAGCGGGAGGAAUACCAUUAUCGCAACAACUGAAAUUUUUUGAAGAGUAUAUAGAGAAAUUGAAUGGAAUGGUGGGACAAGAGAGGACAACGUUCAUAAUUACGAAUAGCUUGUUCGUUAUUAUAUGUGGUAGUAACGAUAUCGCAAACAACUUCUUUAGUCUCCCUACGACUCAGCUCCAAUACAGCGUGGCUUCUUUCACUGCUCUUAUGGCCCACAAUGCUCGCUCUUUUGCUAGGGUAAAAAGCCAACGGUAUUUAGAGCAUUAAUUAGCUAGAGUUUUUAAAGAAAAUCUUUAACCGUACAUUGAUAUUAUAAUAGGUGAAUUUUUAAAAAAAAUAUAUAAAAAAU